AUGUGUGAUAACGAAAAAGAAGAAGCAGCUAAUCUGAAAGAAGAAUUUGAAUGGGUCCUUCGUGAAGAGGUGCAUGCGAUAUUACACCAGCUUCACACAGUUUUAGUUGAAUGCGCUCACAGGUUUCCUGUGCCGUUGUAUGGAAAUGAGGGGCAGAAACAAGAUAAAUUCAUAUUGACAUCACAACCUGAACAGUUAAAAUGUAUUGUGACACUAACAGGGGACAGCAUAUCCCAUGCUGACAUAAGUUUCAAAGUGUUACGGCAAAUGCACACAAUAUGCCGUACAUCAAUCAACCAGGAUGGGCCAUGGAAGUUGCAGCAGAUACAGGAUGCUGCAAAUCAUUUACAACAAGCAAUUGGUUACAUUGAUAAUGUGGAUAAACAUUAUGUAUUCAGGUCAUCAGAAGAAGUGCUUCACAUAAUUCAAUGUCUUAUUGGUUCAUUGCAACGAGCUCGGACUGCCUUAGUACUGCCCAAGAAAAAAGCAAUUGAUGAGCUUAUGAAGAGUAGAAAUAUGAAGGCCCUAUCUCCGAAUCUACCAGAAGACUUAGCAAUAUCAUUCUACAUACAGUCGCACAAGCUUAUAUUUGUUGCGUACCAACUGAGCUCCGUUCAUGGAACAAUGAGAAUUGACUCAUGUCAAGCAGACUGCGCUGUCCCUUGGCUAAGUGAUGUAUUGUUUAUGUUAACGGCAGCACUUCAUAUGUGUCAACAACUUAAGGAUAAGCUCUGUGUCUUCUCCCAAUACAAAGAUUUCACAGUGGGUUCAAGAUCUGCCUCCAUGGUAUUCAACUAA